GCUGGUGGAUGAAACCUUCACAGUGGACGAAGUGAAGGAGAUGCUGGAUGGGCUGCAGGUGGUGGUGCGUGGGGAGGUGGAGAUGGAGCUCAUCAACACAGCCCACACCAAUGUGCUGCUGCUCAGGCAGCUCUUCUCACAGGCCGAGAAGUUUUAUCUUCGACUGCAGAGCGAUAUCUCAGAGCUGGAGAACAGGGAGCUGUUGGAACAAGUGGCUGAAUUUGAGAAGACCGACUUUAAAACCACCGAUAAGAUAAACCAGGAAACAAGCAAACCCAAGCUAGCGCCUCUGAAUGAAGGUGGAGUGUCUGAACUUCUUAACAAGGAGAUAACGAGACUACAGGAGGAAAAUGAUAAACUGAAAGCCAGACUGCGGACUUUAGAAUCUCAGGCAAUGAGCGCGCUAGAUGAGAAAACCAAGGCAGAGAGAGCUCUGAAAGACCUUCAGAAGGUGCACGGUGAACAGCAGCUGGCUGCUAAAUCCCAGGAGAUCAGCAGUCUCGAGGACACAGUGGAAGCUCUAAGGGAGGACUAUGAACGGUCUCUUAGUGCCAACGCUGUCUCCCAGAAGGAUCUGCAGGAGAACCUGAUUUCAUCCAAACAUGAGCUUCUGCGAGUGCAGGAGCAGCUGGCCAUGGCAGAGAAGGAGUUGGAGAAGAAGUUCCAGCAAACUGCGGCCUACCGCAACAUGAAGGAGAUCCUAACCAAGAAGAAUGAGCAGAUCAAAGAUAUUAGAAAACGAUUGCAGAGAUAUGAACCCAAUGAAUGAGCUCUACCCAAGACAGCUGGUUAAACAGGUGUCCAGAGGGUGAGACAGGAAAAUUUAUGACUUGGACAAGAGACCAUCAGCUCUACUGCUGUAAGACAAGAGAGACAGAAAAAAGCACUUCCAUGAGGAAUUGUUUAUUCAUGCUUUAUCUGGCAUCUUCAGUAGUUAUUGGCUUUAGUAAAGAGCUGGCGCGGGGAGGUCGGCACACAACUGAACACGAAAAAUGAAGUAGUGACAAAUGAUAGCCUUUUUCAGCUGUGCUUUUUUUUCUACGUCUCAAUUUGGGGCUCACUUACAGUAGCUAGCAGACUUCCCUCAGUGCUCUAUGCAAUUACUAUCACGUCCCUAUUUAAAGAGGCCUUGUCCAUUUGCUGAAUUGGACAGAUAUGUACUGUCUGCCUGAAGCUUUGCAGUCUUAUCUAAUCAGAUGGUUAUAGGUAUAUGUUUAGCUUUCUAGCACCAGGUAAUUGAUUAUUGAUAUUUUGCUGAUCUGUCUUAAUUUUAGCAGCCCCUUUUGUAGUGAAACAUGAUUGAGUUAGACCCAAGCAAUCCCCUAGCCAGUUUCAUUUUUUUUUAUUAUUAAUAGCGAGCAGCUCUGAAGUCAACCCUUUGCUUUAAUUUGUUACCUAAACACUUUUCUCACACAAAUAUUUCCAAUGAUCUGACAUUCUGUGAAAGUCUGAUCAUCGAAAAUAUACCAGAUUACUUAGUGCGUUCAUUUUUUCUGCUCUUGCAUAUAGAGUGACAUGGAUAGUGAUCUAAAACGAUUUCCCUACUUCCCUACACAAAGGGCAUAGAAUAUUUUUGUCUGGAAUCUUUAACUGUGUACUUUUCGUAUUGCUGUGGGUGAUGGAGUGUAACAGAAAAAAAAAUAAAUAUAUACAUGAUGUUCAUGAAGUAAUGCUCUUGUAGAGUAUGAUACAUCUACCCUAUAUUACACUAGAUGUGCAUUUGUUUGUAUUGUGCAAAGUAUGGGGUAAUAAAAGCUGUUA